ACACACACAAGAGCUGCUGCUCAGUGCGAGGAGGCUGCUGAUGUGGCUACAUUGUGGGGGAGGCAGCACGGAGGGGAGGAGGGUUCCGCACUGACAACACAGAGAAGACCAGGAGGAAUGGAAUGCCUCACGGGAACACCGAGUGUUGGAAUGGACCGUGAAAAGAAGACCACAGAGUAGCGGAGGAAGCCAAGGUGUUGGUUAUUGACACCGACCGCCCGGUUCCCUAGCGCUGCCGUCACAGUGAGUCCCAGAGGGGACAAGGAGAGAGAUGUAUGCCUUCUACUCCCUGCUCGUCUACAUCUUCUAUACUGUCUUCAAGAAGGAGGAGGAGGAGGUCCUGGAAGCUGCGAAGCAUGGAGCUGCCUCAGCGGAGCCAGGCCGUGUUUCCAUGGAAACAAAAAGAAAGAACAAUGGCCACACCCCCAGGAUGAAGAGAAAGGGAAGGCUCAGCAGGCUGAGCGACUCUAGCAGUAGCAGUGACAGUGACAGCCUGUCCAUGAGUGAUGAAGAAGGUGACUGUGAUGGUGGUGGAGGACGUCAGGUUCCAGAUAUCCCAGCGUGCACUCCUCUGGGUGCAUUCCUGUCCUUUAAACAGGAGAACGAGAAGAGGAGGGAGGCCCAGGUACAGCUGGAGACAGCAGGAAAGUUGACGCCAGAGCCUCCCUUGGUGGCCGUGAUGUCCCACUUGCUGACUUUUCUGGAGCAGUACUCCCACCUCCAGCAGCUGCAGCAGCAGGCGGACCGGUACCGGGUCCAGCUGAAGAGGCACCGGGCCCAGCACCGACGCCAGAUGAAGGCCCUAAGGGCAUCGUACCGGCAGCGGCUCCGGGACAAGAACAGUGUCAUUGACAGCCUAGAGGAGGCAAUCAGCACUCAACAACACAGCCCGGGGAGCGAUGGUGUGUGUGGUGUUGAUGGCCCCGGGUCCGGAGCUGGGCUUCACAGGUUGGUAGAGUCUCUGUAUGGCCUACAGGGAGAGAAGAGCCAACUCAGAGGAGAACUACGACUCCUCCACACACAACUGGAGCAGAGGGAACUGGACCGGAACUCACGAACACAGGCCUUUCAGCAGCAGAUCGAUGAGCUGAAGAGCUGCAUCGAGGAGCGUGAGGAGGAGUUGUCCAGACUAAGAACUGACUCUGGAGCUACAGACUCUGAGAAGCGGGUUGUAUGCCUCUCAGCGGAGAACGACAGUCUGAAACAGAGUCUGACCGUCACCCAGGGCCUCUUGCAGCAGUUAUCUGUCAUCCCCUCCCAGUCCAGCUCGGUGCUCAUCAAGGAGAAUGAGAACCUACGCAGUCGGGUACAGCAGCUGGAGAUGUCCCUUCAGCAGCGGGCAGAUCAGCUGUCCCGCCUGGAGCGUCAGAGUGAGCAAAGUGAGUGGAGGAAAGGAGAGGAGCUGAGGAGAAGAGAGGAGAGAGUGACGGAAUUACAGCUGGAGCUGGAGAAAGAGAGGGGCAAAGAGCCACACGUCAAGAUUGUCACUCAGACUGUGGAGGUGGAGUCACCAUCAACAUUAAGGCAGUUGGCUGAGGCCAGAGAGAGAAAUGAGCAGCUGUCUGAGAAACUGACCAGUCAGAAUGAGAAAUGCAGAAAUCUGGAGGAGCACAUCAGGAAGUCAGAUGAAUUUAGCUGUAAUCUGCAGCACAAGAUUGCAGCGUACGAGCGGGAGAUCAGUGUACUGCGUGAGGAGCUGCUGAAGGAGAUAGGCCACCUGGAGGAAAAGAAGGAGGAGGCCGUGAGGGCUGCUGCCAGCUGCUCCGUAGAACAUUUCCAGAGCCUGCAGGACCAGUUCUUUAAUCUGCAGAAACGUCUGACAGCUCUUCCAUCGACCCUGCGCUCCAUGAAGACAGAUUACGCAAGUCUGAGGAGUCAGGUCCGCAACUUCUCAGACUUCUACGGGGCAGCCAUUACUGAUGCCAAGAAACAGAUAUCGGCAGCUAUGAGUGAAAUGUCAGAGGCCAACAAGGAUCUUCUAGAGAAGUACAGGAAGGAGGUUGCACUGCGCAGAAAGUACCACGAGCAGCUAGUCGAACUCAAAGGCAACAUCCGUGUACUGUGCCGUGUAAAGCCAGUCCUGAAGGAGGACCAACACGAGGAGGGACAAUCAGUGGUGGUGACCACAGACCCCAACAACGAAUCAGCUCUCUCUGUGCUGAAAGGGAAGGGCCGCAGCCACAACUUUGAACUGGACCGAGUCUUCCAUCCUCAGGCCACUCAGGAAGAGGUGUUCCAGGAGAUUGAGCCCCUUGUGACCUCCUGCAUAGAUGGAUACCACGUCUGCAUCUUUGCCUAUGGACAGACUGGCUCUGGGAAGACCUACACCAUGGAGGGCAGCACAGAGGACCCAGGAAUCAACCAGCGUGCUCUGAAACAUCUGUUCAGUGAGAUAGAGGACAGGAAGGACAUGUGGACCUACGCUGUCAGCGUCAGCUCUGUGGAGAUCUACAACGAGGUGCUCAGGGACCUGCUGAGUAAGGACGGAGAGAAGCUGGACAUUAAGAUCAACCCAGAUGGGACAGGUCAGCUGCAUGUCCCUGGACUCAGGGUCAUCGAGGUCAAGAGCUUCCAGCACAUCAAGAAACUUCUGGCCCAGGCGCGUCGUAACAGGAUCACCUUUGGGACCCAGAUGAACCAGCACAGCUCUCGAUCCCACGCCCUUCUCAUGAUCACAGUCCUCGGUACAGACCUGGCCAGCGGUGCCAAAACCACAGGCAAGCUGAACCUGGUGGACCUGGCCGGCUCUGAGCGUGUGUGGAAGUCCGGUGCGGAGGGCGAGAGGCUAAAGGAGGCCCAGAACAUCAACCGCUCCCUGCUGGCUCUGGGAGACGUCAUCCAGGCCCUCAGGGGGAAGGAGAAACACAUUCCCUUCAGGAACAGUCGCCUCACGUACCUACUGCAGGACUCACUGGGCAAGGGUAACAAGACAGCCAUGGUGGUGCAGGUCUCAGCUCUUGAGAGCAACGUGGGAGAAACCAUGUGCUCUCUGAAGUUUGCUGAGAGGGUGUGUAAGGUGGAGCUGGGCCCUGCAGCCAGGAAGAUAGAAAGAGGAGGAGGAAGCCAUCAUUGUGACUAAAAACUCUACUACUUCCUGAAAUCGUCCAACUUACUGUAAACAGGGGACAAACAUGACUCUGUGGACUCAACGGACAACACAGUCAUAACCAAACGAAUAUAUAAACAAAACCAACAACUGCUUUGUCCAGUCGGUCAGUACCAAAGCUAGCCUGGGUGUAUUCGGUGAGAUGAAGCAUUGAGAACGUAAUAGAUAAUCUGACGCGUCUGUUUAUGUCAGUGUCUGUUAAAUGUUUUGUUACAUUACAUCCUCCUGAACAGUCUAAAUCUGUCCUCAGAAAAGGCACUGACUUUGAGGGUCUUUGUCACAAUGUUGUCCUAAAUGGCACCUGAAAGACAAAGUGGACUCCUGUUGGGUAGCAGAAAGUCUACGUUUUAAGUUACAACCUUAUUCUGAAAUUUAAAAAAAAGUAUUCUUUCCCUCAUCAAUCUUCACAUAGUACAGCAUAAUGACAAAACAAAGACAGGUGUUUAGACAUUUUUCUAAUGUUUUGAAA